CUUAGUUGUUUGUUCACCUGACGAAGAUGGCAGGAGGAAAGUGUUCCUGAUGCCACCCUAAUCAUUUUAGAAAUUUUAGAAGCCAUUAACAGCUAAGCAAAUAUGUAGCGUAAUUAUUGAACAGGAUCUCUAUGAAGCAAUUAAACAGGACUCCUCUCUAAACCAUGUUGAAGUGGUUCUCCAAUGAUGAAUCUGGCCCUGCUCCAGCAGCCCCGGCGCCCCGGGAGGGCUCCAGCAGUCAGUCUGUGGCUGAGGUCACAGAGCAGCUGGCCCAGACACAGCAGCUUGUGGCUCAGCUGAAAGAGCUCAUCCGAGAGAAAGACAGCAUCCUGCACACCAAAGAUGAGCAGCUUAAGGCAGAGAAAGAUGCCUGUGAAGCCAAACUCUCCAAAAUGAGGCUCCAAAACAGAGCAAAGGUCACAUCUCUAAAUUCUCAGCUGGAAGAGCUCAAGAAGCAGCUGUCUUUGGGUGGUGAGAAAGAAUCCAAGUCUGACGCCAAAAAGAGUGGAGGAGAUGGAGAUCUGGAGCACGCUGCAGCAAGUCGGGGAAAGAUCCUCCUGCUGAAGAAGAAGGUGGAGGAACUGGAGCAGCAGCUAUCACAGAGGGAGGAGGAGCUGGUACACAAGACCAAGGAGCUGGAUGCUCAGCGUCAGCGUGGCGUGGAAAUGGAUGCAAUGCUGGUGGAGAAGGAUAAGAAGCUGACAGAAAAGGAGGCCUACAUCAUAGACCUGCAGAUGUCGACCGCAGUAGAUAAUAGUACAAGAGCCCAUCCGCAGCUGGCAGAGGAGCAAAAGGUUCUGACCAAGGAGGAGACCUCCCUGCAAGAUCUCCAGUUGCUUGUACAAAACCUCACCAAAAAAGUGGGGGACAGUGAGGAAAAAUACAGCCUUCUACUGGAACAGACAGAGAGCCUCAAAGACCUGUUGGUGAAAGAGAAGGCACAGUUUGAAGAGAAAGAAAAUAUGUACAAACAAAAUAUUCAAACAUUUAAAGAUAUUAUUUUGCAAAAAGAUAACAAAUUAAUUGAAAUAAACCAAAAACAUGAACAAGAACUCUUCAAGUUAGCAGCAAAAUCAGAUGCAAGUGCUGAUCUUGAACAGCUUCUGAAGGCACUGAAACAGAAACUACAUGAGAAGGAGGAGGUACUGCUUGGAAAAACCCAGGUCAUUGACGUUCUUCAGGGCGAGGUGGAUGGCAGAGAUCAGCAGAUAAAGGAGCUUGUGGAGAAGAUUAAGCGCCUGCAGAGUGAGAAGGACAACAUGCAGUCCAAACUGGAUGCAGAGAAGCACGUGAUGCGAGCCCAACUGCGGGACCUUAUGCAGAAACAUGAGAUGGAAUUGCAGAAGGUGGCAGAAAAACAUGAGAUCGAGCUGUCAGAGAAGGAGCAGCAGUACCACAAGCGGCUGGAGGAGCUCCAGAGGACUCAGGUGUUCCCACAGGAAGAGCAGGGCUCGAAGAUCACCGCUGCGGACGCUCCCACAGACAAAGCUACAGAGCAGAGACUGUCAGAGCUAGAAGUACAAGCCAAGCUGAAAGCUGAGGAGGCCAGUAAAUCUGAAGCUAAAUUUCUCAAAAUGAAAGCCUGGUCCAAGUCACGCAUCAAACAACUGGAAGAUGAGCUGAGGAAAGCCCAGUCUGGGAAUUCUAGUCCUGACGUGAAUGCCUUAAGGACCAGAAUCUCUGAUCUGGAAGAAGAGCGCGAGGAGAUGCUGUAUAAAUUAGACCAAUAUGAUGAACUCAAGGCCAAAAAUGAUCAGCUUGCUGCAAAGCUUGUGGUUUAUGAAGAGCAGCAAAGGAAGAUGCAAGCAGAUCUGGAACAAGUCACCAAGAGAGCUGCCUCUCAGACAAGUGAGUCAGGCAGUGCUGAUGACCUGCAGAGUCAGGUACUGGAGUGGCAGGAGAUGGUGGCGGAGGCAGAGUCAGCUCGCGACCAGGCCCGGGAGGAAAAGGCUGCUAUGGCCCUGAGAAUGAGCCACAUCGAGGAGGAACGAGAAGCGCUGGCCAGUCGGCAGCAGGAGUUGGAGGAGGAGCUGGCGCAGGCUCGGGGGCUACGGCAGCCGAGGGGCAAGAAGUCGGGGGAACCUGCUGCCCGCAGUCUGCAGGAGGAUUUUGAAUUUGACGGGAAGCAGUCUUACCAGGACCCAAAGUGCACUUUAGAGAGUACAACCUCCAUGGAUGGGGAGAAUAUGGGAGGUUGGUGGCCAGAGUACAGUACCCCUGAUGCAGGCCUGAGGUCAGUGGUGGAGGAGCUAGAACUGGAGAGGAACCAGCUGCAGGAGCAGAUCCUAGGGUUGGAGGAACGCUGUCAGGACCUAGAGGACCGACUGCAGCUUCAAGCCCGCAUCGAGUCUCUACAAGUGACGUUUGAUGUAGAUGAAGAAGGGCGGCCAUUUUGGGUUUCUCAGAAUGAAACAGAGCGUCUGCAGGGUCAGCUUGCCAGUCUGCGGAACCAGCAGAGCAGAGAUGCAGAGAAGCACCAGUUGCUGGUCACCAGUCUCAAUGAGCAGCUGAAGGGGCUGAGGGAAACACAGGAAUGUCUGGAAACAUCACUCAUGGAGAAGGAGCACAUAUUAGCCAAAACGUCAGAGAAACUGGAACUCAUUGAUAGUAUGAGAGAUUCUUUGAAGGAGAAGGAGGUACAGCACAAAGAAGUUGCUGAGAAGCUGCUUCAAACAGAGCACAGUCUAUCUGAAGUUACCAAGAAAUGCAACACCUAUGAAAAGCAGUGUUCUGAAAUGAAGAUAUCAGUCACAGAACUCACACAGAAGCUGAAUAUAAUGAAAGAAAAGACACAGAAACAAGAGUCUACGAUUGAGUUACUACAAAGUGAAUUGGAGCAGGCGAAUGAUGAACUGGACAAGUUAAACUCAACCCAUUUGGAAGAAAGGGCUCAGCUAAUUCAUGACCUUCAAACUUGUGAGCGAGAAAUUGAUAACCUAAAGGAUGUACUCUCAGACAAGGAUAAGGAGAUCUCUGCUCUCACCAACAACAUGACCGAGUACACUGAGCAAAUCCUGGAGCUGAAACGGGAGAUCAAAGGCAAAGAGGAGGCCCUGGUACACAUAGAAACUGCUUUGGCGAAAGCAGAACAGAAAGCUCAAAUCAUCAGAGACUCUCAGUCCUCAGACCAGCAAGCCCUGAACACUAAAAUUGCAGACUUAGUUGAACAACUGAAAACAACAGAAUGCAAAUUAAGUGAGGCUAAAGAGAAAAAAGACCUGAAGAUGAGGGAAGUUGAGGACCUCAUGAGGCAAGUUCAGGAGGACAACAAGACCAUCCAAAGCUUGCGAGGGGAAAUUCAUAAGUUAAAUGUGAACCACCACAAUCACCUUUCAGAAUGCGAAUCUCAGAUUUCUUCCUUGAAGGGGCAGGUGGCAGUGUCAUCUCAAAAACUGCAGGAGUCUGAACACUUUCUCUCUCAACUGAAGGAAACAAAUGCCACCAAUGCAAAAUUACAGGAUCAGCUGCAGGAUAAAGAGCAGAUGUAUGAAAAAGAAUUGAAAUCCUUUAAGGAGGAGCGCAACAAACUCCUUGCUGAAGUGUCCAAACACAAUAAGGAGCUGCAGGCCCUAUCCAAAAAACUGGAGGAACAGUUGGAGGGACAGGAACAGGCUAAAAAGGUGGUGCAGGAGAAAGUGGAAAUAAUAUCCCUACUAGAGCAAAAGCUAAAUGUUACUCAGGAGGAAGCAGAAGGUGAAAGACUAAAACUCUAUCAGGAGUUGAAGACAAGAGAUUCUGAUAAUGAGAGGCUACAGAAGGAUCUCCAAAUUAAAUGUGAGAAAAUUUCAGAACUAGAAAUGAGUGUGACAACCCUUGAAAGUGCAAACCAGCAAUUACAAGCUAUUGUUGAGACAAAUGCUAAAGAACUAGAGGCACAAAAGCAAAUUGUUGGCGAUUUAAAUAAAAAGGCUACAGUAGCACUUGAGCAAAAUGCAGAUUUGCUUGCACAAGUUGCUAAACUCACAGAGGAGAGUCAGAAACUGAGGCAGACCAUCACGGAGGGAAAGAGAUCCCAGGCAGAGCUAAUAGAGGAGAACAACAUAAUACAAAGUAAAAUAUCUGCUUUUGAGGUACAACAUUCAGAAAACUGCAAAACCAUUGAAGGACUACUGAAAGAGAAGGAAGAGCUAUUUUUAAGGAAUGAUGAACUCUGUAAGGUCCUCAAAGAAAACACAAGUACAAUUUCAGAGAGUUUGCUUGAAAAAACCAAUGAAUGCAGUCAUCUCACAAAAUUACUGUGUGAAAGCAAGGAAUCCAUUGAUAAUUUGCAGGAGCAAGUCAGUAUAUUGAAUUCUCAGGUAGACCAGCUGAAAUCGUGUGUGGCAGAAAAGGAGAAAAUGGUUGAUGAUCAAAAUGCACAUUGUGAAUUACAAGAAAGCCAACUCAGGCAACUUAAAGAGACUUUAUCCCUGCUCCAGGAGCAGAGUGCUGCUUUAAAAUCAGGGCUAAUGGAAAAAGACACUGUAUUGCAACAAAAAACAGCUGAUUGUAACUCAUUGCAAAGAGAAAUUCUUCAGCAAAGAGAAGUUUUUACCCAGCUGCAGAGUGAAACAGAAUCCCUCAGAACUGAGUGCACAAGACUGAGUCAAAGUUUGGAAGAAAAAGAAAUGACUCUCAGAAAUAAAACUCAGGAGUGCCAGAAUUAUUUUGAUGAACUCAAGAAGAGCAAUGAGUCUGUGGUUUCACUGCAUAGUCAUUUAGGUGUAGUGAAUGAAAAUAGUUUAAAGCUUGAGUCUGAACUUGCCAAUCUGAAAGCAUCCCUUGAAAAUCAAAUUACUGUUAACAAAAAACUUACCGAAGAGGUUAAUUAUAGACAGAAUGAAGUGAUGAGUCUUCAAAACCACAUUCAGGUCUUAAGUGAGGAAAACCAGCAGUUGCAGGAUUCUGUUGAAAGCAAGGAGAAAGAAGUUGUUGAACAAAAGAUGCUAGUGGCAGAUUUUGGAAAAAAGACUGGUGCAACUCUUGAGGAAAAUGUAAACCUUCAGUCCAAUGUGGCUAAGCUCACAGAUAUGAUUUGGACACUGCAACAGGAAGUGAGUGAAAAAGAUAAAUCCCUGUCAGAACUAGUAGAGGAGAAAAGGAAACUGCAAAGCAGAUUAUCUGCUUAUGAUAUGCAGCAUUCGGAGAAUCGCAAGAUAAUUGAAGGGCUGCUGAAAGAAAAGGAAGAAUUAACUAUUAGGACUGAAGAAUUGAAGGAUGUCUUUGAACAGAACAAAUCAAUUUCAGAAAAUUUGCUGGCAAAAGCAAAUGAAUGUAGUCAUCUCACAAAAUCGCUUGCUGAAAGUGCGAAAACAGUCACACAUUCCCAAGAGCAGAUCAGUGUCUUGAACACUCAGAUAGACCAAUUAAACUGCAGUGUUGCUGAGAAGGACAAAAUGAUUACUGAUCAAAAAGCACUUUAUGAAAUGCAACAAAGUCAGCUUAUUCAAUUUCAAGAUACUUUAUCCCUCCUCCAGGAGCAGAGUGCUGCUUUGAAAUCAGGGCUAGUAGAGAAGGACACUACACUGCAACAGAAAACAGCUGAGUAUACUUUAUUGCAGAAUGAAACUCUCCAGCAGAAAGAGUUUCUCUCCCAGCUUCAGACUGAAACAGAAAACCUCAGGACUGAGUGUACAACACUGAGUCAGAGACUGGAAGAAAAAGAAAUGGCUCUCAGAAAUAAGACUAAGGAGUGUCAAAACUAUUUAGAUGAACUGAAUAAGAGUAGUGAAUCAAUGGUGUCACUCCGUAGUCAGUUUGAUGUAAUGAAAGUAUCCCUUGAAAAUCAAACUGCUAGUAAUAAAAAGCUGAUAGAGGAAGUAGCCCAGAGGGAGACUGAGGUGGUGGAUCUUAAGAAGCACAUCCAGGUAUUAAAUGAGGAAAACAGCAAAAUAAAAAUAGAACAUCAGAAUUUAGCUGCAGAGUUAUCCCAAAAGCAUAAUGAAAUUAGUCUUCUUCAGUCAGAGCUCUCCAGCAAAAACAACAAUAUAGUUUCUUUAACUGAGCAGCUGGCAGCUUUCAAUGUUGAAAGACAGAAAUUAUAUAUGACAUUACAACAGAAAACUGAAUCUAUGAAUCAGCAAGAAACAUUUAUAAAGCAGUUACAAGACAAGUCAGUGGAAGGUAAAGAUCAGCUAAACCAGACAAUAGGAACUGUCAUUGAGCUGCAGACACAAAUACAGACCAUGCAGAAAUCUCUGCAAGAUAAGGAGAUAUCCCUGAAAAAUAAGGAAGAAGAGCUGAAACAGUUUAAAGAUAUGUCAGUAAUAGAGUCUGAAGCAUUAAAAGCCCAAGUUCAUACAAAUACACAGAUUAUAAAUAACCUUCAGGGCCAGAUAAAGAGAAUGAUUGAGGAAAAAGAACAGCUAAGCAUGGAAAUCACUGAUAAAGAGUCCCACCUGCAGCAAAAAGUGGAUGAUUGUGAGAGGUUAAGAGCACAGUUUUCAGAGCUGGAGGGUUCAGCCAUGAACCUUAGAAAUCAAGUGGAGGCCUUAACCUCAGAGUCUACUCGAAUGACGGAAAUGCUGAAAGAAAGGGACCAGGCUGUACUGGACAUUAAGAACAGCUCACUUGUUCACAGCAGAGACUUGAAUGUAAAAUUCAAAGCCAAAGAAGUAGAAUGUGAAAGCUUAAAAGUGCAACUCUCUGAACUCAAUGAAUCCAUCUCAAAGCUAAAGGACAACCUGUCUGCCCAGUCUUCUGAAAUUGUCAAAUUAAAAGAAGUCCUUGAAGAGAAAGUGGUUGAAGUUUUAGAGAAAACAAAAGCUCUUCAGGAUCUCCAGGGAAAAGCAGAUGAAGCAGCCCUUUUCAAAGCCCAGUUUAUGGAGAGCACAGAGCUGGUAUCUCAACUGCAGGGCCAAUUUCAGGAACUUACAUUAGAGUACAAAAGACUCAGUAUGUCAUCAGAGGAAAAUCAGAGUGCCUUUACAAAUCUACAGGAAAAGUAUGCUGCCAAUUUAGAAGAGUUUCAUGAAGUCAAAAUGCUGCUCUCCCAAAGGAAUGAAGAGGUCACCAGUCUCAACAAGGCUCUCAGUGACAGUAAUGAUGCACUAAAAACUGCAGAAAGCACCACUACUGCACUGAGAAAUGAAGCCACACUCCUUCAAGAGAAACUUCAGUGGAUCCAAGCAUCUAAUGCCCAGCUUUUAAAGCAAAAGGAGGAUGCUCUUACCUCCCAUGAAGCAAAUACCACCUCCUUGAAUGUUGAAAUUGAGAAGCUGAAGUCACAACACCUCCAGGUUGCUGCACAGGUGAAUGCCUUGACAGAGAAUUUGGAGCAGAGAGAACUAGCCUUGCAUGCAAUCAAUAAUCAGUAUUCUGCACAAGUUAAACAUGCAGAAUAUCUUGUGUCAGAAAUGCAGAAACUGGAUGAGAAAAAUAAGAAACUGAGAGAAGAAAGCAGUCUGGCAGCACAACAUUUUCAGCAGCAGCUGGAUUUGUCCAUCAGUGAAAAAGAACAUUUGCAGCAGGAAUUAAAGGAAACAAUAUCUGAGAAAGAGGAACUUGUCAAAGGUUACAGGAGGCAGUUGCAAAACUUGCAGGAGGAGUUGCAUCUCCAGAGUCAGCACCACUUCAGUAGCAUGAAUGAAGCAGUGGAGAAAAUGAAGACAGAGAAGGAGCAUCUUCAGGUGCAGCUGAAAGAAGUUGGAAGCCCGAGAUCUGAGAAUACAGAGCUGGCACAGCUGAAGUUGAGAUUGGAUCAGAAAACUGAGAUGGAUGUCAACAAGUACGAGACAGAACUUGUAAAACUGAGGACUGAGAAGGACCAGCUGCAGUCACAGUAUUGCACCCUGAGGGAGCAGCACCUAGCUGUGGUGGCCGAGAGGGAACAUCAGUUGGGUGAACUGCAAAGGCUGAGGUCUGAAAUCCAGCUGAAGGAGGCCAAAGGCACCCAGGCCAUCUAUCCUGCCAAGGAGAGUGUGGCCUUAGUGGGGAAGGAUGCUUCUGCAGAGCAGCUCUCCCUGCUGUUGGCAGAGCGAGGGCAGCUGCAGAGUGAUCUACAGCGUUGCCUGCAAGAGAUCCACCAGAGAGAUGUACGCUUCCAGCAACUCAAUGCCAAGUUGCUGCAGACUGUGGAGGAAAAGAUGGGAGUAUCCUCCCAGCUGAAGGCUGUCUCUCAGACCCUGAGGGGAGACACAGCUGAGCCUUGGGGAGCUGCCAGAAACCGCUGCUACUGGCUGGAGAGUCAGGUCCAGAGCCGUCCUGGACAGCCCUACCAGGGCCAGGUACAGGGGCCAGUGACAGUGGAAGUCCCACCAGGAGCACCACAGGAAAGGAGCAGUGCUGUAGUGGACAUAGAAGGCCUGAAUGCCCAAGAGCUGAGGAGCAGGCUGGCAGAGGUGGAGCAACAGCUUGACUCCAUCCAGCAAGAAAAGUCCCAGUUGACAGAGAGCCUGGUAGAGGAGAGGGCCAGGAGGGAAGCUGCAGAGGAGGCUCUGGGUGUAGCUGAAGAGAAAGUGAAAAGCUUUGACAGCAUUUCAAGAGGGAGUCCAAGAGAGUUCAGUAUUCAGCUGGAGUCAGAUGAUGAGCGGGAGGCUCUCAUUAUCAACCCAAACGAGCAUGUGGUCAUGCGCAAGGUGAAAGGCGGAGCCCUUGCCUGCAGACGAUGGCUGCGUGGGCGGAGUCUGUACUGUUCUAAGAUGCUGACAUCCCGGGCCAAGUCCCGCUAUCUGUUUCUUACCUACCUGCUGGCAUUGCACGUGGUUGUCUUCAUGUGCCUCACUGGCACCCUAUAGAACACUAAUAGUAGCCAGCACAGAUCCACAUCAGUGCCCACAGGGCCCAUAUUCAGGCCCAGAAGACUAAUGCUUUUGGAAGGCGUGAAUACACAUUUAGCUGUGUGAUCACUUCUGCUGUUUCACUGCUGCUUAAACUGUUCAUACACCUUGAAACAGACAUCCCCUCCCCUCUUGCUUUGUCUAAAACAGUACAGAGUUCACUUUAGUACUCAAAGCACUAAGGAUAUUGCUGUGGCAUGGCCAUGCCAUGAUGUAUUUAGCUGCUGAUUAAGCUAUGCACUGAAUUUAACUGCUGUUUAAUUUAUUCAUUACAAAGCAAUCCAGCAGGGCUUUCUUUUCAAAUAUAUUGUAUAAGGUUUAUGUAUAUCCGGUUCUGUUCCCUUUGUAUUGUAGUGUUCGUAGUUCAUGAUACUUCACAGAUCGUUUACAUGCCUAGUCACAUACAUCAAAAUUAUACUGUUGUGUACAGCAGGUGUGUCCCAGCUUCUGUAAUACUGUGUACCUACUGAUCUGUAUAUAUGUUGUGAUUGAGGAAAAAAAUCCUUGUUAAAAGCUACUGAGAGCAUCAAAGAUGACAUUUUCUAUAUAGGCUCUAUUUUUAAGAAAAAUCAGUUAUAACCUAUAACAUUCACACUGAAAGAAUGUUCUUUAGCCUUUUGAUAUCAAUAGGGAAAAUGUGUGCAAUACAGUCAAGCAAUUUCAGAGGUGCGGUUGCUUUAAAUGAAAGUAAUUUUAAUAAAGUUAUCUGAAAACCA